AUCAGUUCAGUGCUGUUCGAUAUACCAUGAGUAUCAUAAUACAAAUAUCUAUUUCACGGAUAAAUAUAGCAACAAAGAAAAUGAAAAAAGAAAGUAAGUUUAUGAAGAUAUAGAAGUUCUAGUAAAAGGAUAUUAUAUAACAUUUUUGAGGUUACUACUAUCUGUCAGCUGCAUUCUCAUCCAACUGUGUAAGUCAACAAAUGUAAUCCGACUUAACACGAAUAUAGUACAUGAUAAAGGAUAAACUUAUACAUACACUUUCAAUUGGACAUAAUAUGAGUUAAACAGAGUAAAACGAAUGGCAAAAACUGGCGCUAGAAAUAAAAAAGACAAUACAGAUUUAGCCCCGGACGGAGGAUGGGGGUGGAUUGUUUGUAUUGGAACAUUUUUUGCCAAUUUUAUUGCCGAUGGAACUAUGUUUUCAUCGGGAGUGCAGAUGAUGGCAUUUUUAAAAUAUUUUGGUGAAACAAAAGCAGCUACAGCAUGGGUGAGCUCAUCCCAACUUGGACUAAGCAUGAUGAUGGGUCCAGUUGUCAGUUUUCUCAUUGUUAAGUAUUCAGUUAGAACUGUUGCGAUAGCAGGAGGCGUUAUAGCUUUUCUCGGCACAGUGGCGGGUGCUUUCUCACCGAAUCUGACUGUUCUUAUUUUCACAUAUGGCGUUAUUUGUGGAAUUGGAAUUUGUUUUUUCUUCCUGUCGUCAAUAGUAGCGGUUGGACUCUAUUUCACUCGAAAAAGAGCCAUUGCAACUGGUAUAGCAAUGAGCGGAAGUGGUUUAGGUGUGAUUGUGUACCCAUAUCUCACCCAAUUAUUAUUGGACAUGUAUGAUUGGAGAAACACAUUAUUAAUCAUAGCUGCUCUGUGUCUGAAUGCUGUAGUAUGUGGGGCUUUAUUCAGACCAUUAACGAGACGAAACAUAGAUAAAUCUACUUGUAAAUGUUUAGAGGAAAACUCUGUUUCCGAUUCCGACGAAAGACGAUCUAUGUUAUCUUUCAGAUACAAGAACGAAGACUCUGUUUCACCAACUAAAAUUUAUAACUCAACCUCAGGGAUUGGUGAAGAACUAAAGUCGUUUCUUGACACAAAUAUAAAUGACAAUGUUGAUAAAAGACAAUUUUUCAGUGAACAACAUUUAAGUUCGAUAAAACCAACUGAUGUCAGGAAAACAGAAUAUCAUUUUUUUCUCUCACCAAGAUUACGAAGUGACGUAUUUUACUCCGGAAGUGUCAAUUUUUUACCUUCGUACAACUGCAAACUCAAGUUUGAAAACAGUCUAGAAGAUGCAGCUGAUAAGGCCAAAGAAAACAAUGAUUCGUUGUUUCUAAGCUGUAUACAGAUGUUUAGACAAAUACGAUUUACUCUUCUGUUAUGCUGCAUGGUUAUGUGGACUUCUCAGUCUAUUACUAUGACUUAUAUACCAGACAUGGUUGUUUCAAAGGGUAUUCCCCGGUAUCAUGCCGCCAUGUUGAUCUCAAUCAUUGGGGUAACCAAUACCGUUGUCAGGAUUUUGGCGGGAUUUACGGUAGAUUUUUUCCAUGUACGAAGUAUCCACCUCUAUCUUGGAGCUUUGUGUCUAGGGGCGAUAACCAAUAUCGCAUUACCUUGGUGUAACAGCUUUCCUUUACUAGCGACAUGUGCUGUUGGAUUCGGAAUAUGUAUGGGUACAGUUGUAUGCCUACGUACAAUCCUAAUUGCUGAUAUUCUUGGAAUUGAUCAACUGACAGUAGCAUUUGGAAUCAUUGCAUUUUUCCAAGGAUUUACUUUUAUUAUCGAUCCACCUUUAGCAGGUUUUAUAUAUGACAUGACGGGAUCAUACGUCUAUCCAUUCCUGAUGACAGGCUGUUUUUAUACAAUAGGAGCCAUAAUGUGUGCUAUUCUGUUAUUCAUACAUCACCACAAUGACAUUACAGAAACUCAAGUUGAAGUUGUUCUGGAAGCUGAUGAAGUUGGCAAACAAAAUGGAAAACUAUAGACCGAAAAGACAGCAUCUGUAAUUGCUUUUUCACGAAAGUGUUUAAGACGAAGGACCCGAGUGACGUCAAAGGAAAUUGUACGAUUUUACAGUGAAUAGGACACCAACAGCUUGGAAGCCAAAAAUGGUCGCUUGAACUAAACACAUUAUAUAUUCUUAGGCUCUUACCACAUUAUUCAGAAAGAAUGGUUGUACUAUAUAGGGCAGUUGUAAACAACUAGAAAAUUAAUUUGUUCAUAUUAAAAAACCGAGGGAUACUACAGCAUAUGUGGUAAAAUGUUGGAAUGUUUACUUUGUAUAAUGUUAAAAUAUCAGAUAGCUUAUGUUAAUGUGUGAUAUCAUCAUUUGUAUUAACGAGAAUCAUCACACAUACGAUUAUGUUUAAGAAUGUUCAGCUAUUAUAGAUACUCUUUAUGCAACAAGUAUGACUAAAACAAUAAGCCUAUACUAAAACAGUUGGGUUUACGGAA